AUGGCCAUUUCCGCAGUUUUACUCUCCCGGGCUCGCACUCCCCGCCCCCACCUUCAACUACCCGCAAACCCAAAACCUAUCAAGAAUUCUGUAACUCUCGACAUUCCUAUUACAAGGAGGCUUGCAAUCCUCACUACCUUUACAUUUUGUACAACACCUUUUAUUCAUACAUCGUCUUCUGCAUCUGCUGAAUCAUUUCUUUCUGGCAUUUCCAACACUAAGUCUUGGUUCCAGUUCUAUGGCGACGGAUUUGCCAUUCGUGUCCCGCCUCAAUUUCAAGAUAUUAUGGAGCCCGAUGAUUACAAUGUUGGAUUAUCUCUCUACGGAGAUAAAGCUAAGCCAAAGACUUUUGCAGCACGUUUUGCAACUCCUGAUGGAUCCGAAGUUCUGAGUGUUGUUAUUCGCCCAUCUAAUCAACUCAAGAUUACCUUCUUAGAGGCCAAAGAUAUUGCUGAUUUGGGUUCACUAAAGGAGGCAGCUAAAAUAUUUGUCCCAGGUGGGGCAACUCUGUACUCAGCCCACACAAUUAAAAUCAAGGAAGAAGAAGGUUAUAGGAAUUAUUACUUUUACGAAUUUGGUAACGACAUUCAGCAUGUUGCACUAGUAGCCGCCGUUAAUAGUGGAAAGGCAUUUAUUGCUGGAGCAACUGCGCCCCAUAAUAAAUGGAAUGAUGAUGGCGUGCGACUUCGAUCUGCUGCAGUGUCGCUGACAGUUCUUUGA